AGGAAACGUUAAUGCCCAUAUAUCCCACGAAAUGGUUCCUCUCCUUUACUACUUUACUGUUUGCUUACACCAUCGCUCCUGCCUUUCUUGAACCAGUCAUAGUCCACGCUUGCCUUGCCGUCUCUUUCUCCUUAUAGUUUCUUCCUCUUCUUCAUUAGCCUUUUAUUCACGAAAUACGUUUUCAGGAACAAAAACCAAGCAGCCGUAGAGAAUAACUAAUACAGGUUGAGAAAAAGAGAUGUUGAAUGGAAAAAUGUGGCGGCGGUGGCGAUGACCAUCGGAAUACUUGUGACCCUUUUGGUUGUGUUUAUAUGGAGGUGGUGUUACCAUAAAGAGCGUAAAGAUGAUGUUGAUGAGAACCGGGCUGCUAGGAUUGAAAAUUUUCAAGACGGGAUUGCUAGACUUCACCAGGCGAGUCUACAUCACCAGUUUGAUUUAGAUAGCAGGAGAAGAGGAAAUUACUAUGUUUUUCGACGUGGGGCAUCGGCAAAACCUUUGUUUAAUUGGGCUGAUCAUCCAGCUCUUAUCACAGAUGCAGUUGAAAAUGGAUGGUCUCGAUUUGGCUUCACAGGCUACAUGUCAUCCCCGUCUACAAGAUCAAGCCUGUUGGGGCUAUGUGCAGCUGGUGAUUAUGAAGAGGGAAAUGAUAUAGAGAUAAACUGGGAAGUAUGUCAGGGAUCAGCAGAUUUCAUGCAAAAGAUUAGGGUGAAUUCUGGGUCAAGGAAGGGGACUAUGGGUCAUCAUUCUAUGGCUGCAGCAUCUGUUAUUAGAACAGCUUUGCCUUUACCGGGGCCUCCUUUGGGGAAUUGCUUCCCUCAAGAGGCCUAUUUCGAGAUCACGAUUUUGUAUUGCCGUGGAGAUGAUCAUGACUCGAGAGGCAAGCUGAAGGAAGGUGAGAGGACAAAACUCAUCCAAGAAACUUACAAUGCAAAAGCAAAUUCAGAAUCUUUAGUCCAUGUUAUUAGCGGUCAUGAUAUUAAAAUUGAGGAAUUAAAGCUUGCAACUAAAGAUGAUGAUGGCAAAGGUGAUUCAGUGAUGUUAUCGGUGGGACUAACUGCGGGUGGCUCUCUUCCUUUGAAGCUUCCUGGUAGCUAUCCAGGAUCCAUCGGUUUCAAUUCGGAUGGUUCUGUCUAUCUAGACGGAAUUAAACUUGUGUUUGGAUCUGAGAAAGAAGACUGGGGGAAAACAGAGAAGGUGAUAGGUUGCGGUUUCGAUCCUAGGCAAAAGAAAGUGUUUUUCACAUUAGACUCCGAGCUGGUACAUGUAAUAAAUUGCAAGUCUGAGGAAUAUGGGACUCCCCUUUAUCCAUGUCUUGCAGCAAACGCUGAUGUUUUGGUUCUAGUUAAUUUUGGACAGAGCGCCUUUGCAUAUGCUCCAGCGAAUGGACAACGGACACCAAAUCCAUGCUUCAUUGGCCCUCUUGUAAAUUCCCCUGCUGCUGCUCUCGGCUAUGAAGACAGCAAAGAGCUAUUUUCUAUGGGAAGAAUCGAUUCCCAAUGGCUUAACAGAUGCACAACUAAAGGCAGCCACAACGUUGGCAAUAAUUAUCCAACAACAGAUUUUGAUGAGGAGUCUGAGGCUGAUUUGUUUGAGAUCGUCUUGGAUAACAGCGGAAGAUCCCCCAACGCAGUAUUGUAGCUACAAGACUGACAAUUUUUGGCAAUGAGUGUCUCCAAGUUAUCUCGGUUUUGGCAUUGAAUGAAGUAUUUCUUGUGAGAGUGGCGUGGAUUUUGUGUACAUGAACACACGCUAAAGUUUCAGUAGGAGAGAAUAGUUGAACCUCUGCAAUAUUUAGCAGCUUGUUCAUCUUCAAAAUACCUAGACACAAACAGGUUUUAUGAGGAAUUGAGAAGGAACAUACUUGCAUUCUCUUUAAGCUUUUACAAUGCGCGCCUAACCUUUGGCCCUGUAUAGUUUUUUACGUGUCAUGAUAUGUAAUUUACUUUGUAUAGAAUCAAUAACAUUUGUUCAUUUUUGCUUC